AGAUUUGGAUCCGACUUAAAUUCCAGUCCAACCUUCAGUCGCCGGCAUGUAUGGUUCUCCGGGACAACAAGCCACAGCGGACUUCGGCUCGGACCACGGUUGGGAGCCGAUCGGCGACGCGGUGCCGUCGCGAGAGACGCCCGACAUGGCUGUGGGUCCACGGCAGCAGUUUCGGUACCGCGUGACCGGUUUCGGCUGUCACACGGAGUACAGAACUAUCGAGUUUCCCGAGGAGCUGUUCGCCACCCGCUUCUGUAGCUGGUGCGGCCUGGUGGAGAGCGAGAUGUACAUCCUGUCCUGCCUGCACGUCGUCUGUCCCAGGUGCCAGGAGAGGGCGUUCGGCUUGACGUCGGGCUUCACCGUCUGUCUCAUAGACAAGGAGAUGCUCUCGCUCUGCAUGACCGGGAUCAUACCGAACAACGUGCGUUUCAAACACGUGCACUGCCCGAGCAAGGGCUGCGUCUACACGGGUCAGCUGAAGGACCUGAGCGACCACUUGGGCGAGAGCUGCGCCUUUCACCUGACGACGUGUACCAAGUGCGACGCCAGCGUCGCCCACAAGGACAUGAGGAACCACUUUUGGGCGUGCGAGGGCGCUCCGGGCCUCUUUUUCCAGGCCACAGACUUACAGUCGCUCCUUGAGGACCUGGACAAUGCCCGCAAGGAGCUGGGCAGCGCAGCGGUCUGUUCGGCGAGCGCAAAUGCUGGAAAAUUCGGUGGCCACGGUUACUGA